AUGCAAGUACUUGCAUGGAGCUUUGAAGCACUUCGUGUGGGAAAGCAUCCGCAUCAAGAUCCUUGGGCCAGGCCAUUCUCAGCGGAAUAUUACCCAGACAGGUGGAGGCGAGCAGGUACCCCACUAUCUGGCCCAUACACCUAUGUACUGGACGGUUUGCAAGGGGAUGCUGAUUUUGUGGCUGCCUUGUUUACCCUCAAACGACCCUUGCUCGAAUAG